GUGCACUUGUAAUGACCGUCAAUCGGGGAGGUUCAUAUGAAUACACAACUUCCAACUGUGGAGACACAGCAAACCGUGGAGCUCCACAGUUGCAGAAUCAUUAAAACGAGAUUUAAAUCAGCUUUGGGACAUCUCAGUAGUACCCCAUCAACGUUCGGCUGCGAUUUAACUCCAUCCCCGGUUUCCCACUUUGGAGUCAUAGCUUGCAGCCUGAAUAUGUGUAUUAUUUUCCGAUCUCAAGAAUAAUAUCAAGUGAAGAGCGCCAGCAUGAGGAUACACACUGCACAGUCUGUAUCUUAUUAGAUGCAGCGCAUGCGCAGUGCUGGUGCAGUGCACCUUGCGACGUGCCUGUUAACGUAUAUGGACAUGUCAUGGCGGGAUUAGUACAGCCACAACUGGCAAAAAAUCGGAUUCUCAGAAGUCAAACCAGACAGACAGUUCCAGAUAUUUUUAGUGAAGUUGAUCCUGAAGGAUUUACAGUGAAACAGCUGCCUGACAAAGGUAGAGCAGUCUUUACCACCAAAACGUUUGAAGAGGGAGAAUUCCUUUUGUGGUACAGAGGAGAUCUGGUAACCAGAGAUGUGGGGGAAAGAAGAGAUGCAGACUGUGAAACUUGCUUCAGAUACUUUUUCACAUGGAAAGGGACGAAAUGGUGUAGGGAUGCAUCAGUCGAACCAACUAAACAACAACUGGGACGACUCGUCAACCAUGGUUGGAGGGGUGAAGUCAACAGCAGAAUGAAGAUUAGAGAGAACCCUCACAAUGAACCAGAACUGGUUCUCUUCUCAUUGAAGAAAAUCAAAGAAGGUGAAGAAGUGUUAUAUGAUUAUGGGGUGGGAGAUAAUUUUGUAUUCCCAAGUCCUACUCAAUUACACAGUGGAGUCCAAGAUGAAAAACCUGAAAUUCUGCAAAAUUCUGCAAACCUCCCACCAGACCCAGAAAAAGUUUGUUCACCAUUCUCCGAGCCUGCCACACAAGAACUACUGGAACCAGAUGGAAACUUUUCACAGUCCAAUGUUCGAGCUGAUGAUGAUGAAACAUCUGAAGAUCGAUGCAGAAACCCCCCUAAUAACGAAACAAAUUGGGAACCAUCCCCUAAGCCUGCCACACAAGCUUUAAUGGAAUCAGAUGGUAAGAUUUCACAGUUCAGUGUUUCAGCUGAUAAUGAUGACACAUGUGAUGAUCCAUGCCGGAACCCCUCUAAUAACCAAGAACAUUGGGAACCAUCCCCUGAGCCUGCCACACAAGCGUUAAUGGAAUCAGAUGGAAAGCUCUCCCAGUUUGAUGUUCCAGUUGAUAAUGAUGACACAUGUGAUGAUCCAUGCAUAAACCCCCCUAAUAACCAAGUGCAUUGGGAAUCAUUUACUGAGCUUGCCACACAACCUUUAAUAGAACCAGAUGGAAACCGUCCACUCUCCAAUAAACCCCCCUAA